AUGUCGAGAGAAAAGAAGAAUCAAAUGAUGGACAAACAAUUCCAAUGUGUUUUGUGUAAAUCAGAAUUUCGGCUUCCGAGCGGUGCCGAAUCUCACGUGAUGAAGGAGCAUCGGGUUGAAAACGGAGCCGACAACUAUGUUGUGAACAAGAGGGAGCAAAGGACUAGAGAGAUCAAACAGGAACCGGAAUCGUCGAUGACUCUCCUGACAACGGAUGCAACGGUUGAUCGAGAGCUCACGGAGAACCGUCGAGAGGAGGAUCCCACACUCCCAAUUACGUCCCUUCUUUUCCCGCAUCUACGCGUGGUCACAGUCAAGGCUGAGAAGCCUGAGAGUCCAGUCCCAAGGAACUCGAGCGUGCUUGGAAAACCCAAUUGUGACAAUUUGGCAAAAGUCAAAUUAGAGAUGCCAAAGGAGUUGCCGAAAACUGAUCUGACGAAGAAUGGAGGACAGAUUAUAAUAAAGCGCGAGCUACCAGAAGUCGGUCCACUCGCCAACAAUAUGUCUCCCGAAGACCCAGGAAACAUCAGCUACUCGCACGUCGGAGGGCUCGCCGAGCAGAUUCGUGAGCUCCGUGAAUUCGUCGACCUCUCUCUCAUCAAUCCGGAACUUUUCGACCGCGUCGGAAUCUCUCCACCUAAAGGAUGUCUUCUAUUCGGACCGCCCGGAAACGGAAAGACGCUUCUCGCUCGUGCAGUGGCUUUCGAAUCGGAAUAUAACUAUGUCGAAGUUGUCUCCCCGACUAUCGUUAAUUAUGAAGAUUCGGUGAAAACGAUCAGAGGGACGUUUGAUCACGCCCGUGAUCAUCAGCCGUGUAUCAUCUUUAUGGAUGAAAUCGAUGCGAUUGGUGGACGUCGUUUCUCGGAGGGAACGUCGGCGGCGGAUCGAGAGAUUCAGCGGACUCUUAUGGAACUUCUGAAUCAAUUGGACAAAAUCGACUCGCUUGGAAAAGUGAAGAUUAUUAUGGCGACGAAUCGACCAGAUACUCUCGAUCCGGCACUUCUUCGUUCUGGACGACUCGAUAGAAAGAUUCAAAUCGGACUGCCGAAUGAGCAAUCGCGACUCGAGAUUCUGAACAUUCACUCGAAUAAGAUUACGAAGCACGGAGAGAUUGAUUUCGAGGAGGUCGUCAAGUUGUCGGAUGGAUUCACCGGUGCCGAUUUGAGAAAUGUGUGCACUGAAGCUGUAAUAUUCGCAAACCGUGCUGAACGUAAGUUCGUCAUCAACGAGGAUUUCAUGAAGGCCGUUCAUAAAGUUGGAGAAGCGAAAAGUCUCUAG